AUGUCAAAGUCACUCGCGCCCCCAGAUGUUCCCAACACUGUCCUCUCGUAUCCCCAUCCUCAUAUCCUCUUGGUUACUCUUAAUCGGCCAGACCAACUCAAUGCGCUACAGCGACAAAUGAGCUUUGAGCUCGAUCGUCUCUGGAGAUGGUACGAUAACGAACCUACACUACGAUGUGCUAUCAUUACAGGUACCGGACGAGCGUUCUGCGCCGGUGCGGAUUUGAAAGAGUGGAAUGUCAAAAAUGCGGAAAGCAGUACAGCCAAGGUGGAUAAAUGGGCAGACAACGGAUUUGGAGGAUUGAGCAACAGACGUGGAAAGAAACCCAUCAUCGCAGCAGUCAAUGGACUUUGUCUUGGUGGCGGAAUGGAGAUGAUACUCAACCUGGAUAUGGUCAUUGCGAGUGAGACAGCCAAGUUCGGUCUUCCAGAAGUCAAGCGUGGUGUUGUCGCUAUCGCAGGCGCUCUGCCGCGUCUCAUCCGCAUUGUUGGACGUCAACGCGCAUCCGAGGUGGCACUUCUAGGACGCAUGUAUACUGCACAGCAAUUCCUCGACUGGGGCAUUGUGAACAAGGUGGUCAAGUUGGACGACGUUGUUCAAGAAGCCUUGCGAUGGGCGAUUGAAAUGUCUAACGUUUCGCCCGACUCGAUCAUUGUCUCUCGCGAGGGGCUGCUGGGUGGCUGGGAAGCUGAAAAUCCCAAGGACAGCACGAACGGGAUUGAGAAGGGAAUUUAUCAGAGUAUUGAAGGCGGUGAGAACAUGAAGGAGGGUGUUUUGAGUUUUGUCGAGAAGAGAAGUCCUGUGUGGAAGAACAGCAAGCUAUGA